AUGAAUUCCUUGUGGAAUAAGUCCUUUUAUCUGUCCCGCUUCAUCCUGCACAGUAAGUCUGCCGUAGUGCGACCAAGAUGGGUAUCGUAUUCGACCUCUGGAACAGAUAACAUCAGCGAGCGUGUUUUAAGCGUUCUCAAAACUAUUGAUAGAAUCGAUACCUCAAAGGACCUUGGGCUGGAUUCAUUGGAUAUGGUUGAAGCCAUCAUUGCUAUUGAAGAAGAGUUUGGUAUUGAAAUCCCAGAUAGAGUUGCCGAUUCCAUAAAGACACCUGCCGAUGUGGUUGCAUUUAUUACGGAAGAGCAAGCUCGCAACCGGGUCAAUUAA